GCCGGUCAUGUGACUUCGCCCCUGCCCGGGGCUUCCGGUGUGAGCUGCGGGAGCGAGGCGGCCGCCGGGGAUGGCGGAGGCCGCGAGACCCCCGCGCAGGGAGCGCCCCAAGCCCGGCAGGGGCAAGGCCAAGGAAAAAAAGAAAAAAUGCACUGAAGAGCCCCAGAAGCAGGGCUUGGACGAGGUCUUCCUCCCCAACAAAGCUAGAGACCAAGAGGUGUCUUCUCGAGCUAGCAAGGUGCAGGUGGAACAUCCUGAAGUCUUUACGGAGAUUCAGCUCAGUGAUGAAGUAGAGGAUAGAAAAAAUGUGAAUGAUAUUUCCUUGACUUCUUUAACCUUAGCAGAUGAAGGAUCCCGAUUAGCUACCCUAGAACCUCUAACACAAGGAGAAGAAUUCAGAGCCAGUCUCUUGCAUGAGAAAUGCAGGGAGUGGUCUGAGGAAGAUGGUAGAAAUAAAUUGGACAAACCCCAGAGCAUUAUGGAAGCACUUGCUAAUCAAUCAGAAAACUCUGGAGUAGCAGAAAGUACCUUUAAAUGUAGUGCUGUUUGCACUGAGUCACUGAUGGGAAUUGUACGGGACAGAGGAACUGAGAAGGUACAAGAGGCUACAAAUCCUGUACUUUCUUUAGAGGCACAACCUGUGCUGUCACAGCUCUCUAAUGAAGCCAAAGAGUGUGCUCAACCCUCUGGGUUGAAAACUUUGUAUCCCGAUUUAUCUGCUGAAUUGUCCCAAGCGAGACUGACCACACUUGCGGUAAAACCGCUGUUGCAUAACGAGAGGCUAUAUCCAGAGAUUCCGUCUGAACCAGAACUAGUGCCAUUUACCAAAGAGCAGCUGAAAAUCUUUGAGCCGUGUUCGUGGCUGGAGAAUGUUGAUUCCUACCUGGAGGAGUUUGAUAACAUUGCUCAUCAGGAUAGACAUGAGUUUCACGAAUUGCUCCUGAACUAUUGGCGCUGUAGAAAGCAGCUCUUGCUGGCUGAGGCUGAGCUACAGGCCAUGACAUCAGAUUGCCAAAGUGCCAAGGGCAGGUUAUGGAUUUUUAAGGAGGAACAGCAGUCUGUCAAGGGUAUCUGUGCAGAUCAGUGCCAAGUGUCUGACUACCAUCGCUACCAGACAGUAGAGAUGAAUGAAAGUGUGUUGGGGGAACUAAAGAGGUUGUUUGAAGCCAAAGCGGAGCACGUGCAUCAGACGUUGGUGCUUCACUCGUACACUUCAAUGUUGUCCCGCUUGCAGGUGGAGUCUUGUAUCUAUGGAUUGCUUAAUAGCUCAUCCCUGCUGAGAUCUGUGGCUGUUCAACAACAAGAGCAAGCUUCUAAGCAGUCGGAAAACCUUUCCUUGGACUUGGGUCACCUGAAAGAAUGUGUCAGCAUUCUUUUCAGUUUCACGCGCAGAGUUAUCGAAGAUCCUCAGUUCCAGAGUGACCUCCUCCGUUGGCUGCAAAGGCUGGUGUCAGUCUUGCAAAGAGUUGGCUGUCCAGGGGACCACCUCUUCCUUUUAAACCACAUCCUCCGUUGCCCAGCUGGUGUUAGCAGUUGGGCUGCUUCGUUCAUUCAGAUCAAAGUCUUGGAUAACCCAUCAGGAGUCUUUCAUUUUAUGCAGUCUCUUGCCUUGCUUAUGUCUCCUGUCAAAAAUCGAGCAGACUUCAUGUGCCACAUGACACCAAGUGAAAGAAAAUCCUCCACCUCCUCUGGGAAAGAAUCUGGGAACUGGACGUUAGUGGAUGAGGGAGGAGAAGAGGAUGAAGAUCCUGAAACUAGCUGGAUUCUCCUUUUGGAAGAUGACUUGAUUGUCCUCCUGUCACAGUUUCCAUUUCAUGAACUGUUUCAGCAUUUUCUUGGGUUUAAUUCUAAAGGUAUUUAUUUCCCUGAAAAAACAACCCCUCAGGAGAUGAUGAAGAUUUUUUCUUUUGCGAACUCCUUAGUUGAGCUUCUAGCUGUGGGGCUGGAAACAUUUAACAGAGCACGCUACAGGCAGUUUGUGAAACGAAUUGGUCAUCUUAUCAGGAUGACAGUUUGUUACGUGAGCGACCACUGGGCCCAGUAUGUUAGCUGCAAUAAAGAAUAUGGAUCAAUAAUGCAUCCCUAUUCUGUGGAGAAACUGCAAGUAGAAUUUGAUGAACUGUUUCUUCGGGCUGUUCUACAUGUGCUCAAGGCAAAAAGGCUGGGCGUCUGGCUGUUCAUGUCUGAGAUGCCUUAUGGAACGUUAUCAAGUCGCAUGCUUUGGAAACUCUUCUUCAUCAUGCAUUGUGCAGAAAGUGAACACCUGGAAAAUAUCUGCUCCACCGUGCAGCCUGCCGACUGCAAGCACAAACUCGGAGACCCAGAACACAUUGAAAAUUUUGAGAAGUAUCUUACAUCCAUGAACUGUUCGGAAGAAAUUUGUUUGCUCACCACGUUUGCUCAGAUGGCACAAGCCAAGCGGGCUGAUGUGGAUGAGGACUUCAUCAGAGUCGUCGUACUGGAGAUAUAUGAGGUAUCUUAUGUCAGCAUUUCCACAAGAGAGACAUUUUCAAAGGUUGGCAGAGAACUCUUGGGAGCAAUCACGGGUGUCCAUACAGGGGUCAUUUCUGUACUCCUGGAUCGAGUUAGAGACACCAUUGAAAAAGUUGGGAUGGUUUCCUUAUACUUGUUUAAAGAGCUGCCAUUGUAUCUUUGGAAGCCCUCUUCCUCAGAGAUAGCGCUGAUCCGUGGCUGGCUAUUGAAUUACAAUCUGAACAUGGUGGAGAAUAAAUUAGCCUGCAUUAUCCUGGAAGGGCUAAACUGGGGAUUUGGUGAGCAUGAUACUACUCUUCACCUCGAUCCAGCUGUCCAUGCUGAAGUUGCAUUAAUGGUCCUAGAAGCGUACCAGAAAUACCUCCCUCAAAAACCGUAUGGCGGGCUGCUUUCUGAAAGCAUAAAACAGGUCUCCUACUUGGCUAGUGUUGUUCGUUAUGGAGAAACACCCGAGACCUCCUUUAAUCAGUGGGCGUGGGGCUUGAUUUUGAGGUUAAAGCUGCACAGAAAUGAUCAUGGUGUGCAGCACCAUUGGCCUGCAAUUCCUGCUUUCAGCACUAUGCUCAACAUGACAGAAUCAGUCAUGCUUCAUCCACUGCUGAAGGCCGUCAAAUUAGGCAUCCCUAUUGGCUGUUACCUCGCAUUGGCAAUGACUACACUAGGUCAUAGCAUUGAAAAGUUCUGUGCUGAAGGGAUCCCUCUGCUCGGCAUACUGGUGCAGUCUAGGUACCUGAGAACAGUAGUCCAUGUACUGGAUAAAGUUUUACCCUUGUUCUAUCCCUGCCAGUAUUACCUUCUGAAGAACGAACAGUUUUUAUCUUGUAUCCAUCUGUUCCUUCAACUGGAUAGUGGAGUUCCACAAGGCAUGACUCAACAGGUUACACACAAAGUGGCGCAACACUUGGCAGGAGCAAGCUAUGGAGAAAAUGUUAAGCUUCUCAACAGCAUGAUCCAGACCCACAUUUUUAUGAGCUGUCAGCCUGAGGGAGUGUGGCCAGCUGCAGUGCUGGAGUUCUGGGUGCAAGUUCUCACUGCUCAACAGCUGUGGCACAGAGAGAGAGCAACGGUCUACCUGCUGGAUCAUCUAUGCAAAGCAGCUUUUCAGUAUACUCAAGAGGACUGUGUGCAAAAACUGCUCUACCAACAGCAUAAGAAUGCCUUAGGUUAUCACUGUGACAAAGGUCUCCUCUCUUCCCUGGUCAGCUGGAUUGUGGCAGGAAAUGUGACCCCUUCCUUCAUUGAAGGCAAUGCGAAUUCCACGCAGGUUUGGUUUUCAUGGAUGGUUCUGAAUAUGGAGUCCAUAUUUGAAGAAGAUUCCCAACUUCGCAGAGUUGUGGAGGGUGAAUUGAUCAUCAACGCUUUAACUCCUGAUCAGGCUCUGAAGAAAGCCCAGGCCCAGCUGAAGCUGUCUAUUGUACCUUCUCUCCAAAGACUAAUGAUCUACCGUUGGGCUCAUCAGGCCCUUGUUACCCCUGCAGAUCACCCCCUUCUGCCCCUCAUCUGGCAAAAAUUUUUCCUCCUUUACCUUCAUCGACCUGGGCCGCAGUAUGGGUUACCUGUAGAUGGCUGUAUCGGAAGAAGAUUUUUCCAGAGUCCAGCUCAUGUUAACCUAUUAAGUGCAAUGAAGCAGCGCUUGACGGAGGUGGCAGACUUUCACCAUGCAGCUAGUAAAGCGCUUAGAGUGGAGAGUGCUGCAGAUGGCAGUGAAGGCUUGUCACAAAGGGGGAGCUGCUCACCAGAUUACCUGACUUCACCAGAACUGCAUAAAGAACUUGUCAGGCUUUUCAAUGUGUUUGUUCUGUGGCUGGAGGAAGAGAGCUUUCAGAAAGGAGACGCAUACAUUCCGUCUUUACCGAAGCAAUAUGAUGUGUACAGACUUGCUAAGAUCAUGCAAAAUCAGCAGGAUUUGUGGAUGGAAUAUGUCAAUAAUGAACGCAUACAGCAUGAAUUUCAGGAAGCUCUAAAUCUUUGGCUCCAAGUCAAACUUGAAUCCCAUGCAACCCCUAGCACUUCAUCAGUGCAGACGGAUUUCACUAACCCUUUGUCAGCCAAGGAGAGAAUAAUGACUAAUUUGAAGAAGUAUGAUGCACCCAAACCCCCUCUUCCUCUACAACCAGUGAAACCUCCUGUGCCUGUUAUUUCCUCUGCCAGUCUAGUAAGUCAGAAAGAAGCAAUACAGCUUAUGCGCAUGGACCUUAACAAUUUGCAGCAACAUGCCAAAACUGCGGCUCGCCGGGAGACCCAGCAGGUUGCUCUUGACAGUGAAAUAUUGGACACAAUCCAUAAACUCUAUAUCAAUAGGGAAGAACAAAUUACCCUUGAGUUGAAGUGUCCGGGUACUUCAAAUAAAAGCUGUCAGGGAGCAGCUCUUGUGACAGUCCAGUUUGAAGGGAAGCAUAAAAAUGAAGCAAUAAGCCAGCAGCUUCACGCUCUACGUAAGGAAAUAAAACUACUACAAGCAGAAGCCACAAAGCCGCCUUUUCUGAGUAUUGUGGAAGCAGCUGUACAUGUGGAAAACUUUAUAACAGCCUUAAUAAAUAUCUACAAGGUGCAGCCUACGUCUACAAUUCAGAAAGUUGGAAUUAGCUUGUUCUUUGCAGUAAUAGAUUUUGUGUGUGAUGAAACUCAACGCCAUCCACCCACAAGGCAGUUCUUUACCUCCUGCAUCGAGAUCCUAGGCCAAGUAUUUAUCAGCGGGACCAAAUCUGAAUGCAAAUUAGUCCUCCAAACCAUCCUACAGAAUCGAAGACUCUGUAAUUUGCUCUCUCCCUUCUUCACUCCAGUUGCCUCGCCUGAUGAAUUUGUAAAUUUAUAUGAAAAAGUUGUGGCGUUUCUGAGUGAUGACAACAGUGAUGUUGUUUUCACGUUGCUGACGAAGUUUGACCUCCCACAAUGGCUAAACCUCACUAAGCCUUCUCUGUCUGAACGUACCCGGCUUCUGGAGUCCAUUCACAUGGCACUCAGCGCAUGUGGCCUUGAGCCUGAAGAAGACAUUUUGAUGCCAUUUAAUAUUUUCUGCAAGCACUGGACAUAUCUCCUUCAGUACCAGUUCCCUGACCAUUACAGUGACUUUCUAAGACUGCUCAUGCAAAGUUCUGCAGAGCAGCUCCUUAGCCCUGACUGUUGGAAGGCAUUGCUUAAAACUCUGGGCUGCUGUACCUCAGAAACUGAACAAAGGAGCAAGGGUGACUCUGCUAAAAGUCCAGUACUGCGAAACUCUGCAAAAAUCCUUCUGUCUGCAGAACAGGUCACAGAGACAAUAGAAUGGCUUUGCAAGUCUUUCCGCAAGCUACGGUUGGUUUCACUGGAUUUCAGGAGCUUUGGCCUGUUUUCAAAGUGGAGUCCCUACAUGACUGAAGUGAAGACAUUGAUGGAGUACCUCGUGAACCGGCUUAUUGAUUCUGAGGUGGUCAGUUUAGCACAGGAACCAGUAGGCAGCAGCAGAAUUCUAGCAGUGGUGCGGUCCUUGCAUUCAACCAUCACUGAGCUCUUUAAACCAUGGAUUCUGGUUUUAAAUAAAGAUGAUGCCAGUAAACAGCAAUGCUACCCCUGGUUGGAGAGUGACACUUCUGUAGCCUCCAGCAUGGUACAGUUGUUCACAGAUUGCAUAUUGGUUUUACACCAAAGCUUUAAAGAUAAGUUGUUGCCAGGCUACCACGGGGCUCUCUGGUUACAUCUGAUGCAUUAUUGUGACUCAUGCACAGGCCCCAAAAUGCCAGAAUUCAUUCUCUAUACUUUCCAUGCUGAAUUCAGCAGACUUCCAUGGAGAGAGAUGCACCCAGAUCAGAUGCUCAUGGAAGAAUUCUUUAAAGUAAGCACCUAAUGCAUAUUGAAAUAA